AUGAUAAAUUAUUUAAAAAGUUUUUUUAACUAUACAAAUAUAUUAAAUAACACAGAUAAUAACAAUAAUAGUUACAAUAAUAAUAAUAAUUACAAUUGUAAUAACAAUUACAAUAAUACCAAUAGCGACAAUAACCACCAUUCAAUACCUUGCAAUAAUGAUGAAAUUCUUUUUGAUACAGAUAAAGUUUUCAUAAAAGAAAUUAAUAAUGUAGUCACUUCAAACUUUGAAGAAUUGUUUUUUUUAGUAUUUAGAAAUAUGUAUUUAAGAAAAGAAAUAGAAAAUCACUUAAAAAAAUUCCAAACAGUUUCAGUAAAAUCAAAAAAAGAAUUAUUAGAAAUCCCAAACAGAAGAUAUAUAGCUAAAUUAUAUUAUAAUAUGAACCAAGUUAUCAAUGAAGGGGAUAUACCAUUUGGUGUACAGGAAUUGGUUUUUUCAGGACAUUUUAAUAAAGAAUUCGAUAAAAAUGUAAUUCCAUCAAGUGUAAAAUCAAUUAAUAUGGGUUAUUGGUUUAAUAAACCAUUAAAAAACCUACCAGAAGAAUUGGAAACAUUAAUACUAGGUAAUGAGUUUAACCAAGAGUUAUUUGAAGGCUCAAUACCAUCAAGUGUCACCUCUCUAACAUUCAGCGGUAAAUCUAGAUAUAACCAUCAGUUUAAAGUGUUCGAUAUACCGCACAAAGUCAAAGAUUUAACUCUACCACACAACUAUGAUAAAGAGAUCACACCCAUAGGUAUAAUUCCUCAAUCAGUAAGAUCACUUCAUAUGGGUUACUAUUAUGAUUCUCCAUUGGUAUCUGGUACCAUUCCUGAUGGAGUUACUCAUCUUGUGCUAUCAGAAAACUUUAACCAGCCUCUUAAAAAAGGAACAAUACCCCCAAGUGUAACCCAUUUAGUAUUUGGCCAGCUCUUUGAUUCAGAUAUAGCCGUAGGUGCAAUUCCACCGUCAGUUAAAGCUAUUGUACUAUCCAAAUUCUUUAAUCAACCACUCUCUAUUGGUGUAUUACCUAGAGGACUUGAAAACCUUGUUUUUGGGGAAUGGUUUAAUCAGCCAAUUUCUCCAGGUGUUAUCCCAUCAACUGUUAAAACUCUUACAUUUUCCGAUUGUUUUAAUCAAAAUUUACCAGAAGGCACAAUCCCAUUAAGUGUAAUAUCACUUACUGUGGGCAACUUUUUCGAUAAACCAUUUCCUCAAAAAUUAAAUAAAUCAAUUAAAAUAAAUGGUGGUUUUAAUUAUUAA